GUUAUUUCUCAACGCCACUGCUUUCCAUGCGCUUGAACUACAUUUCCCAUGAUUCCCUUCCGAACGUCCUAUGGCGAUAAAGCGUGUGUGAUUGCGGCAACAAGAGGCCGGUGACGUGAAGAUGCUGCGCAGGAAACCCACGCGCCUCGAGCUCAAGCUGGACGACACAGAGGAGUUUGAAAGCGUCAAGAAAGAGCUGGAGAGUCGAAAGAAACAGAGGGAUGAGGUGGAUGUAGUUGGUGUCGCCACAUCCAGCGAGAUGAGCGGAGCAUCAGGUGGUGGCACGGACGGGAAGACCAGGGAGCAGAUGAUUCACGAGCGAAUUGGUUACAAACCCCACCCAAAGCCUAACACUUUGCCAUCACUUUUUGGGAACCUUCAGUUUUGACAAUUUGCAGAUAUGAAAAAUGGACUAUAAGGUCUUGAGAAUCUGCAUCACACACAUGCAUAUAUUAUGAUUUGAUAUUGCCUGAACUGAAAUAGACAAAGCACAUGCAUUCUGGGUUUGAUUAAAGGGUUAGUUCACCCAAAAAUGAAAAUUCUGUCAUUAAUUACUCACCUUCGUGUUGUUCC